UCUAUAUUUAACAAUGGAACCAUGGAAAGACCUGACCGGAAAAGUAGUGAUGGUGACAGGGGCGUCGUCGGGAAUCGGGCUAGAGUUUUGUCUGGACUUGGCAAAAGCCGGUUGUAGGAUCAUUGCUUCCGCCCGUCGUGUUGACAGGCUGAAAACUCUCUGCAACCAGAUUAAUUCCGAGGGCCCGUCCCGGCGUGCAAUCGCCCUCAAGCUUGAUGUCUCGGCCGAUGGUGCUACUAUUGAGGCCGCCGUACAAAUAGCUUGGGACGCCUUCGGACGUAUCGAUGCCUUGGUUAAUAAUGCCGGCGUUAGAGGUAGUGUGAGCUCUUCACUGGAAUUGUCAGAGGAGGAGUGGGAACAUACCUUUAGGACAAACCUAAGAGGGGCAUGGUUGGUGUCAAAAUAUGUUUGUAGACAUAUGUGCGAUGCUAAACAAGGCGGAGGGUCUGUUAUUAAUAUUACUUCAGUGGCUGCUUUGAAUCGAGUAAUAGUACCAGGGACUCUUGCUUACGCUUCUUCAAAGAUGGCUCUAGACAUGGUCACUAAGAUAAUGGCCCGUGAAUUGGGAGGAGAUAAGAUCAGAGUGAACUCAAUAUCACCGGGAAUAUUCAAAUCUGAGAUAACAGAGAGCCUUGUUCAACAGAAAUGGUUCCAUAAAUUCCUUUUCAAAACGGUUCCUUUGAGAUUUCUUGGAACGACAGAUCCGGGUUUAACAUCAGUGAUUCGGUAUUUGAUCCAUGAUUCUUCUGAAUAUGUAACGGGCAAUGUCUUUAUUGUCGAUAGUGGAGCUACCUUACCCGGUAUCCCCAUUUUCUCAUCGUUGUAACAAAAUUAAAAAAAAAAAGAAGAGAGAGUGAUAAUUUAUAUUGCGCGCUUUAUAAUAAUGUUGUUGGUUGUCACA